UAGGCAGACUUUUUACUUACUUUCGGUUUACUUAUACCCACUAUUCUAGGGGAUGUCAUGGGGUAAUAGGAGCUGCGUUAAAAAGUACGGAGCUUUUAUUUCCAUUUAAUUUACUUUUUUUGUAAUGACUUUGGUGAAAAUGAACUCUGCCGUUUUGUGGACGUUGGUGAAUGUUUUGCCCUUGCUUGGUGUGUCUGGUGUUGGUGAAGAUAAAGAGUUGGUGUUUGUGAUGGAGGGAGAUUCAGUCACUCUACACACUAAUAUUGAAGCAAAUCAACAAGAAAAGAUGAGAUGGUAUUUUAAGGACUUUCAAAUCGCUGCAAUCAUUGGAGAAAAGAGAGAAAUCUGUACUGAUGAUGAGUGUAAAGAGAUUUUCAGAGACAGACAUGAAACUAGAUCAUCAGACUGGAUCUCUGACCAUCACAAACAUCACAACCACAGACACUGGAGAUUAUAAACGAAAGGUCAUCAACAGUGGCAGCUUCAGUGACAAGAUCUUCAAUGUUUCAGUACAUGGUGUUUCUGCUGCUGAAUGGGAUGAAAUGAAGGGAAAGUCAGUGAAGGAGGGAGAAUCUGUUACUUUAGAUCCUGGUGUAGUAAAAAACCUGAAUAGUGUGAUGUGGUGUUUUAGUGACAUUCACAUAGCUGAAAUCACUGGAGAUCAGAGUAAGACCUGUACAGAUGAUCAGUGUAGAGAGAGAUUCAGUGACAUACUGAAGCUGGAUCAUCAGACUGGAUCUCUGACCAUCACAAAAACUAGAACCACAGACUCUGGACUCUAUAAACUACAGAUCAACAGCAGUAGCUUCAGUAUUAGCAGAAUAUCAACUGUUUUAACUGUCAUUGAUUCAAGUCUUUCUCCAGGUGCUAUAGCAGGGGUUGUUGUUGUUGCUGUUGUUCUGUUGCUCAUUGCUGCUGUGUUCCUCUAUCGCAAAGCAAAAAGGAAAAACACACGGAACAAUCGUGAUCAGGGGAAUAAUUUGCCAGUCUCGUCUCCUGAUCAGAGCACGUCUCCAUUUAUACCUCCUAAGGUCAAUGCUUCUAAUGGGAAUGCUAAUGGAAAUCAUGUGCAGCAUUAAAGAAUAUUGUCACUGCCAGCGAGCAAGUGAGUGCGAAUCCAUUGGAUACUACACUUUUGCACGUGUAAACUAGCGCUUGUAAACAUCUUGUGCACAUAAUUUGUGAAUAUACAUCUGCCUUUAGCUAGUCAGCUUGUUGUUUUUAAACAAUACUUUUGUUCCUUUAUGCCGGGUAUACACUACACAAUUUUAUGCCCAAUUUUCACUCACAUCAGUGAAGUUUUGUGGAGAUCGCUGACAAAACUUGAAAUCUGCGGCAAAUAGGUGCUAGUUUACAUGAGU